AUGUCGAGGGAGAAGCUUGAGAGAAUGAGGAGUGUCUACGUCAUCGCGUCUCCGGCUGCCUCCCGCAUCGGACAGAUCUACAUCUGCUGGAACAUUGGAUGCUUCAGGACGACCAGGAUGGUCGUGACCCAGGGUUCGAAGCUUCACCUGCUGCGAAGGUGCUGCAGAUGCAUGGAUUGGCCCCCGACAGCCAUGCACCUGGAUCGAUGCACCCCCAGGUGCCGGAUGUACAGCAGAUGGGCGGAUGCCCACCACAAGAGGGCCGAAGCAGAAAUAAUAGAGUACGAGAAGACGGGAUACGAAAAGCAGUGCAGGAAACAGAUCAUGGCCGUGACUGUCGAUGAGUCCGACGAGUCCUCGUUUGAAGUUGAAGAGGAGACAGAGCUGGACUUUGCGGCCGAUCAAGAAGGCGAGCAUACCCACAAUGUCGACGAGGACGGGGUUUCUAAGGACUUCUUGGGUCGGACUAAGCGAUCGGUAUUUGCCGUGCAUCUGAAGGACUUCAACGGCAAAUACUUUGCCACCAUGGGUCAGAGCACAUACCAGGACGACGUGACGAGCAAGGUCAACCAGUACAGUAUCAGACAGGCAGCCUAUGAGCUGGUGGCGUUCUUCACCACGGUCAACGUCUCUCCCGCGAACCACAAGGCCUGCGCGGCGGAGCGGCAGUCCCAGAUCGUCGGUCUGGAAGCGCGCAUCGAGGCAAGCGAGCGCCGCUGCGCGGAGGCGGAGGGGCGGGCUGCGGAGCGGGACGCGAGGGCCGCGGAGCUGCAGCGGCGGCUGGGCGAGCUGCAGGCCGCCGUGGAGGCGGAGCGCCAGAGGGCGGACAAGGCCGCGCGCGGGGCGGCGGAGACCGAGCGGGCGAGGGCCCUGCUCGCGCUGCGGCUGGCGGAGCUGGAGGCGCUGCUCGCGGACCGCGGCGCGCGGCCGCGGGACGGGGCCCCGCCCGCCGCCCAGGAGAGGCGGCCCGAGGCGCAGGCGACCCCGCAAGGCAGCGGCAGCGACGAGGAGGGGUGGUGCUCGGUAGACGUCGGGCGGGCGGAGCACGAGGCGCCUGGCGAGGCG